AUGACUACCGACACGGUGGACGCGGCCCUCUCCUCUCCCCAGCCCGCCGUGCUGCACAACGAGCCCGUCACAGCCAUGGAGUCCCUCGUGCUGCAGACCGCGCCCCUCCUCGACCCGGCCUGGGUCCAGUACGAGCGGGAGAUGAAACUGCCGACCCCGCGGCCCGUCAUCGACCCCGUCGUCCGCCAGCCCAUCUACGCCCAGGAGUGCCGGGCCCUGGCCGCCGAGAUGACGGCGCCGGGGACCCGGGACCACCACCUGGCGCAGGGCAUCACGACGGUCGAGAUGACCGUGCCCUCUUCCAGCGGCGAGGACGGCUUCGCCAUCCCCGUCCUGCGGUACGACCUUGCUGCCGCCGCCGCCGACGACGGCGAAACAAAUUCGCCCCGGACCAUCGUCGUGUACUACCACGGCGGCGGCCUGCACGUCGGCGAGGCCGACAGCGAGGACCUGCAGUGCCGCCGCAUCCUCAAGGAGUCCGGCGUCCCGGGCCUGACGACCCUGUACUCCGUAGGCUACCGCCUGAUGCCGCAGCACCCGGCCAGCACUUGCGUGGCCGACUGCGUCGACGCCUUCAGGUCCAUCCGCCAGCUGUCCGUCGACCACAGCGGCACCGACACCAAGAUCCUCAUCGUGGGCAGCUCCAGCGGCGGGCAGCUCGCCGCCCUGGUGUCCCAGGCUGUCGCGUCCGAGUCCGAGUCCGAGGGCAGUAGCAGCAGCAGCCGGCUGCACGGCGUGCUGCUGCGAUGCCCCGUCACCAGCGACGCCUUCAGCGGGCCCGAGUACGUCCCCGAGCAGCUGCGCGACAUGCACACGAGCGCCUGGGACAUGUCCUUCCUGACCAGCCUCCUGGGCAUCAUGAAGCGCAAGGUGCCCCGCGACGGGCUCGCCAAGAUGCCGCUCGAGGCUUCGAGCGAGGAGCUCAGGAAGCUCCCGCGGCACUGGAUACAGGUGUGCACCAACGACAUGCUCUACUCGGACGGCGUGUGUUAUGCUAGAGCUCUCAAGGAUGCCGGCGUCGAGGUGCAGGUCGACGUUGUGAAGGGUUGGCCACAUACCUUUUGGCUAAAAGCUCCUCAUCUCGAGCAGGCCCGCGAGGCAGACAAGAAGAUGCUGAGCGGGUUAGCAUGGGUAGCUGAGUAA